AGCGCCAUUAAGGCUCAUCUCGAACAGCGAGUCUGUUUUGGCAUGGAUGUGUUAUUAUAGAAGAGGUUUAUGAGGUUUUUGGCAGCAGCACAUUCAUGGCAUGCUUUAUGUAUCCCAUAGAUGAGCAUAUUGCAUCGAUCGCAUGACGUUAGAUCAGGAAGUGCUGUACAUCGUAUCUAGACUUGUACGUGACUGUAGAGUUGUUGUCUAUGUGUUGGCGAGAUGACUUCAGCUUUCCUCUCAGCGAUAACUAUUCUUACGAAACCUUCUGGUGAGUCUGUGCGUGGUGCUCAGUCUUCACAUCAAGAGGCUCUCCUGGCAGCACUGCGGGCCAACAGAGCUCUUCUCCAGGAGCAGCUUCAGAAUGAGAGCAGCUUUGAGGAGGUGAGGAGGCUGAGGGAGGAGGUGAUGGCAGCAGAAGACUGGUUGUCCAGCGAUACAGAAGACGACCCAUGGGGCUUUGUCCAGGAGUGUCUCCUACUGCUCCUCUCUUUAGCACGACAUCUGUCUGUUGAACUUGAACGUUUCAAGCAGACCCCCGCUCCAUCUGCAGCUAAACAACGCACCCCCGAGAUGGCUCCAGCUUUACCUCCUGAUGUCCUCAGUGUCACCCAGCAGAAAACACUUGGAGCAGCUCUUCAGUUUGUGGUUUCUCUGGGAGUCUGCCCAUAUUUGACCCCUGGAGUAGGUGUGUCACUGGGUCGCAGGUCAGCGUUGGUGGAAAAACUUGUACGCGGGGUGACGGUGCCAGCAGCGGGACACCGGCUUCUUACCACCAUGAAUGUCCUAUUGCAGCUGGCAGAGUUGUCCUCUCUCUCGACAUUGGUGUUCACACGGCAUCUGGGGGAUAUGAUGGCAGCACUGUGCCAGCUUGGCUACCAGCCACGCCGGGCAGAGAGAAGCGGCACCGAGGAGGAGAAUGAGCUAAGUGCUGAGGAACGUCAAACUUGCAAGGAGGCCCUCAAAAGCCUUCUAGGAAAAGUCUACCAGCCAAUCGUUAUCAAGGAGCUGCUGAUCCUCCAAGGUGGACCCAAACAGUCUGGCGUGGUGGGAAGCUCCAGUGGUUCCAGCAGCAGGGCAGCUCUGGGAUCAGCUCCCACCUGGCUGAGGCGUCUGUGUGGUCAGCUGCUGUCUGAGCGCCUGAUGCAGCCUCAAGGUGUCCAGGCUGUAGUCAGAGCCAUCUUGGAGGGGGGAAUGGGGGGCGAGUCCGACUGGAGGAAAUGUGACUGCGUGGCCAGAAUCCUGGUGACCUGCCCUCAACAGUCUGCCUCAGCAGACAACUACUACAGACAAGUCUGUCCUCAGAUCCUUGACCUCCUGCACUUCAAAGACAAGCUGACAGCUCAACAGUUUCAGCGUGUGGCCACCAGGACGCUGCUCCUCGUGGUGCAGGAGAAGCCCAGCAUGGCCCAGCAGUACUUGCUCACUCCUCUGCUCGCACCGCUGCACCGCUGCACCGCUGCACCCAAUGAGGGUCAUUUACAGGCUGCUGUGGAGGAGCGGGAGCUGACACGUUGUGUGGAUGAUGUGUACAAGAUCUGGGUGGUUGGAAACAGUCCGUCAGCUUCUCUUCUCAAAGCUCUAGAACAAGUUCUUCCUGUUAUCUUCACACUUUUCUGUUUCACCAAGCAGAACGUCUCCCAUCUCCGCGCCCCCUGUCAGGAGAUUCUGCUGUGGUACCUGAGCCACACUGAGAUGUCUGCAGCCCUGUCAGCACUGAGGCAGCUUUCAGGUCUGCAGGCACCGAAGAACGAGGUGGCAACAGACUUCCACUUCACCCCGGGCAGUGAUGGAGGAGCUAGACUCCGCUCCAGAGAGAGCUGCAGUGAAGAGGACGAUGCUCUAUAUGAGAAGCUGUCCGGAGAGCACUGGAGGCUGGAGUGUCUGAUGCAGCUCUUGACUGAACUCAAAGACUCUGACCUGCCUGGAGACUUAUUCCUGGAGCUGCUGCAGGAGCUGGGCUGCUGGGCAGCUGCAGCAGAUGAAAAGAACAAUGAGCAGGAGUUGGACUUGUCAGCCAUGACACUUCUGGAGGUGGAACAGCAGCUGCUGGGUGCAGCUGUGAGGCGUGGCCAUAGAAUCACUUUGCUUCAGGUGCUGGCUGUGAUGGUUGAGUUAAUGCAGCAUAAUGUGCUGCUGAGAAAAACCUCACAGGUGGUGGACUUCAUGGUGUCCCUGCUUCAGAGGGCCUGUGUGGGUCUGGAUCAGACCACUGGUCCAAAGCUUGGGAACCCAGUAGAGAGCGAGACGCUGAGUAUGGGGAUGGGCCUAGUGGCUACUCUGCUGUCUGGACCUCAGCUUAGUGCAGAGGACUACUCUUCUAUGUCGAGACUGCUCCCACCCCUGGAGACGUUGUCUCAGAAACACUCUGACGUGUUCAUCCAGGAACUGGCAUCCAACCUCAGAGCUGUCAUUGCCACUCACGGUGCAUACCGGCCUGAAAACUUCACCGCUGCUGCUCAGCCCUCCAGAAACCCUGAAUCAACAGCAGAAAACAACAGUGUGCCCUUGAGGAAAAAGCAAAAUAUGCAAACUGAAGCAACCGACUUACAGACUAGUCCUCUAUCGUCUCCUCCAGACAGUAACUCGCCUUGCAACACCCACAUGACACACCCAGCGUCCUCUGGAAGACCUGCAGCAGGAACAAGUCCAAAAGGCGGAGGGAGAACCUCUGGCACCAGUAAACCUUUACCUCCGACCAAACCCUUUUCAGAUUGGCUGCUAGAGGCAUGUGACCCAGAUGUGCCAACCAGAGCAUUCGCCUUGAGGGUCCUGACCCAGAAGGUGCAAAAGGAAAACCCAGAAGCUGUGCAGGCCCAGGACAAAGUCCUCAUGCUCUUCUUAGAAAACCUGGAGCAUGAGGACUCAUUUGUCUACCUGUCAGCCAUUCAAGGCCUGGCUGUAUUGGCUGAUUCAUACCCCAAGAGGAUUCUGGAAAGGCUCCUUAAAGACUUCCAACAUGGUCCCUCCCUCCCUACAUCCAACAAGGACCGCUGCCUUGAAACCCGCCUUAAAGUAGGAGAAGUCCUGAUGAGGGCAAGCAGGGCUAUGGGGGAACUGGUGCCCCACCUCGGCCGUCCACUGGUCGUCGUCUUCCUGCAAGGAACCAGGGACCCAGAUCAAAGUGUCCGGGCCAGCAGUCUGUCCAACCUGGGGGAGCUCUGUCAGAGACUGGACUAUGCCCUGGGAACACUGGCUCAAGAGCUCAGCUCCUGUCUGACUGCUCUGAUAAAGGCUGAGAAGGAGGCAGAGGUUAGGAGAGCCGCUGUCCAUGUUAUCACCCUGCUGCUCCGAGGCCUCAGCGACAAAACCACCCAGGUUCUCAGUGAUGUUUUGUUGGACCUGUACCGAGCUCUAAAGUGGGUGGUUCGCUCAGACCCAGAUGAGGUUGCGGUGGUCCAUGCCCAGCUGGCUCUGGAGGAGCUUGAUGAUGUAAUGAGGAGGUUCAUCUUCCCUGAGCAGAAGCUGGAGAAGAAAAUUGUUGUCAUGCCAUAGAGCUCAAAUUCUAUUUCUGUGGGAACGUCAUAGUCCAUUCAUAGUUUGGACUUUAUUUUUAUAUUCUUUAUAUAUAUGCUUAUAGGCAGCACUAGUUGUGCCUUCAUGUGAAGUAGAUUUUAUGGUCAGGACAUUUCAGAGCUGCAGGCCAACAGUCUAACAUCAGCAGGUAAAUCCUGCAUUCAUGCAGGCAUGCAUAACAAGUCUUUCCUUAAAGAAAUAGGUAACUAUGUUCUACUGUAAUAGCAACAGUUCACUUCCAAAAUAAAGAUUUAAAAACAAA